AUGGGCCACAACUUGGAGACUCGAUCGUUGAUGGAUGAAAUUAGAAGCUUCGAUAGGAAUGGAGGUUUCUUCGAUUUAGGUCAUCCUCUUCUCAAUCGUAUGGCCGACAGCUUCAUCAAGGCCGCCGGUAUUGGAGCAGUCCAGGCAGUGUCACGGGAGGCAUAUUUCACUGUAACCGAAGAUGGAAAUUCGACCUCCUUCCCUGCUACCCAGAGGAAACAUCACUUGUCGGAACUCAAAGGAGAAACCAACAAGAAAUCUGUUGAAGCGUUGGUUAAAAGCACAGGGAAAGAGUCUCUGCAAUGGGGUCUUGCUGCUGGGAUGUAUUCAGGCGUUACAUAUGGAUUAAAAGAAGCUCGAGGAGUUCAUGAUUGGAAAAACAGUGCGAUGGCAGGAGCGAUCACUGGUGCAGCUUUAUCAUUAACGUUUGAUGAUUCUUCUCAUGAACAGAUUGUGCAUGCUGCCAUCACAGCAUCAUUUCCUUUGCCUAAUGAUGAUGAUAGAUGUGAGACAAAUAAUGAUUUUGGAUUUGAUGAGCCCAACUCAGAGUGUAGUAGUGAGCCAUUAAGCAAUAUUUGGGUUGAUUCUGAUGACGCAAGUGACACUUCGGUUGUGAACUUUAUGAAUGUUGGAAAUAUACGGGAUGAUGAUAUAGAAGAUUUAAAGGACAACACUCAUAUAGAUUUUUGGAAGGAAUUCGAAAACAAAAUUAGAUGUAGCACAUUCCAAACUGGGGAUUUAACCAAACCCGAUAAAGCCAUUGACGGAAUCUUUGGAUCCGGUCAACAAGGACUCUCUGUAAUUGUGCAGCUUUCUUCACAAGGGAUCGCUCCAGCUGAACUCCUCUUCACCUCUACCCUACUCCAUCUACAACGACUCCUUAAAUUUACAAACCCUAGUCCAGUUGCGCUUCUAGUCAAAUCAGGGGGGUUGCUUAUUGGUGCUGUUGUGAACAUGAGACCUGAUUUAUUUAAGGCUACUGUAGCUGGAGUACCAUUUGUAGAUGUUGUGACUACAAUGCUUGGUCCAACUAUUCCUCUUACAACUGCAGAAUGGGAGGAAUGGGGUGAUCCUCGGAAAGAAGAGUUCUACUUUUACAUGAAAUCAUAUUCACCAGUUGACAAUGUUGUCAAGAGUGAUAUUCAGGAUGUGAUUGAUAAAGAUGGUGAGGGGUUCACUAUGGUCACAAAAAAAGCUGGAAAUGCAGGGACUGCUACUGUGAAGGGGUACGGUACAGAUGAUAUUCAUCCCAAUGUUUCUGGAAGCAAAGAUAAGCAGGGGCAGUCUUCUCCUGAUUCUAUGGAAAAGAUAUCAAUAGAAUCCUGUCCUGCUUCUGAUCUGUUGGUCAAUAAUUCUGACAGUGGUCAAACUGAGGCUCUAGAAUCUAAGUGUGAUACCAGGGUGAAUUCCAAUCUUGGGAACAAUGAUUGUUUAAUUCCUAUGAAUGACAUCCUUGAUACCAUGGUGUUGAAAGUUCGUGCACACAAUGAAUCUUGUAGAGCUGUUAGAUUUAUCAAUGAAGGACUUGUGAUCCUCACUGGUUCUCCAGAUUGUUCUAUUCUUGCAAUUGAUAUUGAAACAGGAUCUCCAGUUAGUUAUGGAUGGAUGUUCAUACAAUUAGCUGUGAGAGGGUAUGGUUUAUCCUACCCGUCAUCUUCAGCGGUCCGCGUCCGGUUUUUACUAAAUACACCUAGCAUGCUGAAUCUUAACCAAGAAUCUUUCUUUUUACUUCACAGACAUCUGAACAUUUCUAUUUGUUAUCAGAAUUGUUACUUUGCUCUAAGAAAUAAUUGUCAUAAACGGAUUACUCUACCAUACACAGGGGACAAAUACAUGCUUCAUAAACAAAGCACAAAAUGGAUAACAGUUAUGACAAUGGUGCCUCCAAGGCUAGAAAAGGGUGAUGGGGUGUUAAAUAAGCCAGUUAUAGAGAAAACAACUCCUGGAAGAGAGUCUGAGUUUGACUUGAGGAAAUCAAGGAAAAUGGCACCACCAUAUAGAGUGAUGCUACACAAUGACAACUACAACAAGAGGGAAUAUGUUGUGCAAGUGUUGAUGAAGUUAACUAGAAUUGGUCGAGAUGCAGUUUUAUAUGUUGAGUCGCUCAUUGAGUCAAUCAUGGGAGGAUUGGAAGGGCUAAUCAACAUUCUUGAUUCUGAAGGAGCUUCUACCAGAAAUCAGCUGAAACUACAAAUGGCUUUUGAUGGGCAGGAAAGAUAUAUGAAGAGAUCUUGGGAGCCAAGUGAUAAAGCCGGUCUUCACUUUGUCUACAAAGAUGUUGAAGGAGUAUCAACUCAAUGGGAUGAUAUUCAAAGAAAACUCAGGAACUUACCUCCCAAACCCGAUCCCUUCACUCCUGCAGAAGACGAAGAUUCCAAACCUAAAACCAAAUCUCAGAUCGAUAACAAGACAGAAGAACUCAAAGAUUUAGAAGAUGAUCUUGAUGAUAGUUGUUUCCUCGAAGAAUACAAGUACCUUCAACUCCCUUAA